UGAGGCAACACUUAUAGGCGCUGUUAUCUCCGGCUGACAAACGCAAUCACCAUCGAAGUCGAUCGAAUGUCGUCUUUGCCUCAGUCGCAUCCUUUAUUACUUGUCUCUACAUAACCCUUUUGAGGACGCUUUGGUUCUUCCAAUGCUAACACAAAACACAUCCAAUCCUAACACCAUGGAGCUAACAAUCCACCAUCACGGCACCCCUCACACCUACCACCUCUCCUCCGACGCAACACUCCAAGACCUAUCAACAACAUUAUCCUCAACCCUCCAUAUCCCAAUCGAGAACCAAAAACUUCUCAUUGCCCCGAAACCAGGCAUGCAGAAACAUCCCUUCCCGCCCACUAGGCUCGACACCAUCCUUCAACUCGACUCCCCACGAUUUAAAAUCACUCUCCUCGGCACUCCGGCAAAGGAAAUCGACAAUCUAAACGUCGAAGGCGAGGAGACAAAACGGAAACUCGAGGCGCGAGCUGCGGCGAGGGCUGCUGCGGCUGCGAAACUGACGACCUCGCGCCGCGCAGGCGGGAUACAUACACUCGGCGAAUCGAAGGAGUCGUAUACAUUCCAUCGCUUAUUACCGCUGUCUUACCUACCAAAUCCGGACCGCUCGUUACAGUUUCUCGCGCGUCUGCGCGAUGAUCCUGGUAUUCGCGCUGCGAUGGCAAAGCACCGCUUCUCCGUGCCUUUGUUAACAGAAAUGAAUCCCGCUGAACAUACAACCUCCGAGUCGCGGACGUUAGGCCUAAACCGCAAUCAAGGCGAAGUUAUCGAACUACGACUUCGAACGGACGCGUACGAUGGAUAUCGUGAUUAUCGAACGAUAAGGAAAACGCUAUGUCAUGAGCUUGCGCAUUGUGUGUUCAGUGAACAUGAUCGGAAUUUCUGGGAUUUGACGGGGCUUAUUGAGAAGGAGGUUGAGAGGGCGGAUUGGAAGCAUGGGGGACAGAGUGUGAGUGGGGAGGAGUUUUAUAACCCGGGGGACUGGGAGGGAGUUCAGGAGGAUGGGUUGGUUAUUGAUGAGAAGGGGUGGACGGGGGGGAGUUUUGUGUUGGGCGGGUAUUAGCGAGGGCUGCAGAGGAGAGGAUGCGACGAGAGAAAGAGCAAGGGAAGAGAGAGAAUUGACAGAUGAUACCCAUACCCAUGUAUAUAAACAAAUUGCAUUUUGACAUUCACACGAUAGUAAUAAUUUAACUAAGCCUGCUCAUUCACAAACAACCCGGCCAUCCCCUGUCCAGUUCCAAUACACAUACUAGUAACCAGAACCUUCUUAUUCGUCCUCUUCGCCUCGUUCAACGCCGUGCAAAUCUGUCUCGCCCCCGUAGCUCCCAGCGGGUGACCCAGCGCAAUCGCGCCACCG